AUGUAUGAAUGUAUAGAUUUUGAAGCAUUGAAAGAAGAAGUCAGAAAGGAAAGGCUCCAGGCGAAAAAGACCCAUAAGUUUGAUAAGGGUGCACGGACAAAGCUCAAGCAGGCGGUGAGUGGCUUGUUGAAGUGGUUGAAGCGUGGCUUCGUGGGUCGGCUGAUGAAUAGGCUGAAGAAUCAACUGAAGAGCGAACCGAAGAGCGAUACGAAAAGCGACAUGACGAACGACACGAAGAGAGACAUGAAAAGCGACAUGAAGGACGAGCUGACGAAGGCCCCUCCUCAGAACUGCUCAGCCAAGGGACCCGGAAAUAGCCAGAAGGAGGGCACCAAUAUUAGGAGCAGGAAGAUGGUCAUCAAAACGAUAACCUCGACCCACCUGUACAACUACUUGCAGCUGCUGCUAGACCAAGGAAACGACAAGAGCCUGUUCCUCAUUGACCUUCAGACGGAAAAGGAAUUCCAAAUGGAGCAAAUCAGAAGUGCCGUACAUAUAGAAAACGAACCCGAACUCAAGCAAAUGAAGAAGGAAAUCCAGUUGAAAGAAAACGUAAAGAUAGUAUUUUAUCGUGCGAAUGAAAAGUUUGAAAGAAAUCCCCAUUAUGAGCGCCUAGUGUAUAACCACUUCAGCAAUGCGAAAGCGAACUUUUAUUUACUAAAGGGAGGCUAUAAAAAUUUUGAAAAAGAAUACUUCUUUUUAUGUAUAAAGAAAAAUGUACUUAACACAGACUUAUCAACCCUCAUGGAUUUGGAAGCGUAUAUUAUGUACCCCAUAAAAUUCUGCGCAAACCUUUUCGUUGGAAUUGCCACCCAUAUUCUGUAUCCGUCCAUGAGAAACUAUUUGAAAAUAAAUUGUGUGUACGAUUUUACGGACUGUGGAUAUGAUGUGAUAAUUGCAGAACAAAUGAAAUACUUCAGAUAUAAUGUGAGAAACAAAAUUGUAGAAAAUUCAAAUACACGCAGAGGUAGAUAUGUAAAGUAUGAAAAAUUUUUGGACGUCCGAAUGGUGUACGACAUUAUAAAGAGCAUUCUGCAAAAUAUUUACCUGCACGAAAAAAGCUCCACUGUUAAAUCCAAUGCUCUACGUGAAAAUAAGGAUAAGCAAAAGGAUGUAAAAAAGGGAACACACGAUGAGGAGAAGUCAAGCGCUAGUCCAAAUAAAAGACGAUCAAAGAAAAAGGUAACGCUCAAAAUUUCCAACGAAGAAAGCAUGAAAAAUGGAAAUAUAAUAAUCGUGUGCAAUCAGGGUAUGGCAAAUAAAACGAGGGAAAAGGUCAGCAGCAUAAGUUUAAUAAUUGCCAUGUGCUAUCUUAUGUACACGAAAAAGUAUGACCCCAAUUUAGCCAUUUUGCAUGCCCUUAGGAUAAACAAUAAUUUAGGCAUAAAUGCUCAAACGAUGAAUUUUCUACACAAGUUUUACGGUAGCUUGAAGAGGUAUCAGUACAACAUGGGCGCGUACUAUUCGAAUAGGAAGAAAAGAAAAAUGGAGAGAAGAAAUGCAACCAAUAGUAACCAGAAGGACUCUACUUCGAAUGGAAGCUGCAAAACUAAACAAACAUGA